AUGUCGCGUCAAACAAAUGUUGAGAGUAUGGAAGGGGUUGAAAUGACCGGACCAGCCAACGAUACACCUUUCUUGAGUGAGCAAGAGAAACGCAUUUUGGAAGUGUAUGACAAAUUGGAAGAACUCCAGGUUGAAAUCGCUCUGUUACAAGCUCAAGGUGUCAUUUCUUCAAGAGAGCAACUAGAAAAAGUUACCGAUGAAGAUAUUCAAAAGGCAGAGAAAGACCUUCUAGAGGCAAAAGCCAAUUGCUCGUUACGGACGAAAAUAAUUGAAAAUGUGCUCAUCGCCAAUCCUAUAUUGAAAGCAGUGCAUGCGGGUAGUAAUGCCUUGAUCAUAGAACAGGACCUCUUACCACUCAUCGAGAAACGGGAUGCUGUUUCCGAAAAUCUGGCUCAAAUAUCUAAUAAGCUCCAAUCAUCUAGGAAAGAGUUCAUGAAAGAGUCCAGUGAGAACAUUAUUACGGGGAGGAAGAACAUUGAGCUAGCUACGGAAAUGCUGACUCUGGCAGAAGAGACGAAUAGUCAGGGGAAAGAGAACAUUCAAGAUCCUGGAGUUCGCGCACAAUUAGAUGUGUUAGAGGGGGAGAUGAAGAAUAGUAAACAGAGAUGGAGGAUCAUGAAGAAUACUGCUAGUGCUGUGAUAGUAGGUAGUGGUAUAGAUUGGGCGAGGGAUCCUAAGUUAUUGGAAAUCGUACUUGACGAUGAUGAGGAUCGAUGA